CUAGUUGUUUAAUCGAGAUUUUUGACUUUUGAGUCAAUUAUUUGUUCUCUGAUCGAAUUCUACGUAUAAAAGUAAGACGAGAGAUGCAAACCAAAUCAAGGAAAUUGAGCAUUAAUGAUACAGAAAAUGGAGAACAUGACAGAGAAGCUCCUUGCGUUUUUCCUUCUAUUUAUUUGCUUAGCAAAAGGUAGUACCUCAGCCCCAUCCCCACCCUCCAACAUACACAACCAAACUCAAAGUCCAAAACAUUUUGUGUUGAUACAUGGAGCUUGUCAUGGAGCAUGGAGCUGGUAUAAGGUGGCAACUCUCCUCAAGGACUCAGGUCACAAUGUCACAGCUCUAGACUUGGGAGCAUCCGGGAUCAACCCGAUUCAGGUACAGCAACUCCCUUCGUUAUCGGAAUACGUCGAGCCCUUGACAAAGCUCAUGGUGUCUCUACCACCAAAUGAAAAGGUUAUCCUUGUGGCUCACAGCUUCGGUGGAGCCGUCAUAUCUAUUUUCAUGGAGAGGUUCCCUCGUAAAAUUGCUGCUGCAGUAUAUGUCACGGGGGUCAUGUCCGGUCCUACUCUCAAUUUCUCAACUAUAAAUCAAGAGAUUAGGAAAAGAUUGGAUUAUCUGGACUCUCAAUUCAGAUAUGAUAACGGGACCAACAACCCUGCAACCUCCUUUCUCUUUGGGCCUAAGGUCAUGGCGACAAGCUUGUACCAGCUCUCACCACCACAGGAUUUAACCCUAGCGUUAUCGUUGGUGAGAUUUAUUCCUCGCUACAAUUACGAUGUAAUAAAGCUCACGGAAGAGAAAUAUAGAGCAGUUCCUAGAGUAUUCAUUGUGUCCGGACAAGACCAUGCGAUAGUAUUGGAUGUGCAAAAUUACAUGAUAAAAAAUAAUCCGCCAAAUGAAGUGAAGGUGAUAAACGGUUCUGAUCACAUGGUUAUGCUCUCAAAACCCGUGGAGUUGUUCUUCCAUCUCCAAGAUAUUGCUGAGAAAUAUUCAUAAACAGAGUUACACAGACAUGGCUAAUUCAGGCAUGCUAGCUUCUAAUAUGUCAAUUUUCAUUCCCGCCAUUGUAACAACAAAAAAAAUGUGCCAAACAAGUAUUGUAAUAUUAUCCAAUUAAGUGAGAUUGUUUUGAAUUUGAGCUCUA